GUCAAGUGCGAGCCAAUGAGGUUCGAGGAGUCGUCACGUGAUCACAACAGGAAGUGCCGCCGGACAGCGAUCUCUAUGAGAAGGCGCGGCUGCUGCUGUCUGCUCGCUCUCAGCAUGGCGUUUCUCCUCUUCCUCAUCUUCAUCUGCGGCUCCUUCAGCUCUCACACCAGUGUGGCGUCCAGAUCUCGGCCCGAGUUCAGGGUUUCUGGUCGGGUUCUGUAUAAACUGGACCUCUCCUGGCCCCAGAAGCCCGAGGUGUACGGACAGGUGUUUGGUGUCGCGGUCGAUCACCUGAGAGGUCUGGUGUAUGCGGCUCAGAGAGGUGAUAACGUCCCUAAAGUGCUGGUGUUCAGCACGGAUGGAGACUUCCUGCAGGCCUGGAACACCAGCAGCCUGGAAAUGCCUCAUGGGAUAUUCCUGGCCAACGCAUCUUCUGACCCCACGCUGUGGAUCACUGAUGUGGGGAACGGCUCUUUCGGACACACAGUGAAGCAGUACUCUCCUUCAGGGAAGCUUCUUCAGGUUCUGGGGUCUCCGGGGAAAGCCGGAUCGUCUCUCAGUCCGCUGCAGUUCGAUCAGCCGGCUGAAGUGUUCGUCCACAGCUCUGGAGAGAUCUACAUCGUGGACGGAGACGGCGGCAUGAACAACCGGCUCAUCAAACUCUCCAGAGAUCUGCAGGUGCUGUGGAUGCACGGAGAGAAAGGACAGGGCCUCGCUCAGUUCUACAUCCCUCACAGCGUAGCAGUCGACCGCUACCAGAGGGUAUGGGUUGCAGACAGAGGGAACAGACGUAUCCAGGUGUUUAACUCUGUGACGGGUGAUUGGCUGGGAUCCUGGGGCAGCUGUUUUAAAGAGGAUGCUCCGUGCUCCCUCAGACUCACACCGGAUCAGAAGUACCUGGUGGUGGCUCAGUUAAACACCAAUCAGGUGUCUCUGCUGGAGGCUCCGCCCGUGGGUAUCAUCGGUCAGUGUCAGGUGACCAGCAGCAUCCAGCUGGCCGAGGACGUCAAGCCUCACCUGGUGGACCUGGACCUGAAGAGCGCGGCGCUGUACGUGGCAGAGAUCGGAGCCAAUCAGGCGCAGAAGUUCAUUCCUGUGACCCCUGCAGGAGUUUAGAGGCUCAGAUCACAGAGAACGCUUUAAGAGCUCAAACCUGUUUGACUUGAGGAUGAAAAUUUAAGCAGCACUGAUAAUAAAUAUUGAUGCACCUGAGAGCUGAAUAAAUCAUCUCUCCAUCGAUGCAUAUUACUAAUGAAAAAUUAAGAUUUGAUAUAUUUACAGUACAAAAUAUCUUCAUGGAACAUGAUCUUUGUAUCUUGAUAUUUUGACUCAUUCAGUGUUGUCUAUUUCUUUAAAGACACAGCUCUUAUGACUGCUUCUGUGCUCCAGAGACACUGAUACUCAGUUUACAAUCACACAUGUUUUCAGAUGAUUAUGAAUAAAGGGAUCAGAUGAUUGUUUUACAUUCA